ACAACAAAAUUAUGGGUGAAGAAACCAAAGAGUUUACUUGUAGUAACUGCAUGUUUUCUGUAAAAUAUAACUACUUUGGGACGAAGCCACCUUUCGCAAAAGCUGUUGUGCUGAUGGAAGAAGCUUACGUGAUGAAGGAUCCAUUUAGCACUGAUUUUGGCCUCAUUGUGAUUGGCUCCAAUUGCUCAUUGUGCCUAAACCCUGUCUGUGGUUCUCAGAGCUGUAGUGUGUUUUACACCAAAAGAUUCUGCCUUGCAUGUGCUGCUAAUAAAUUAGAAGAGUUCCCAUCUCAGAUUCAACAAGAAGUGAGCAAGAACUUGCAACAGACCCCCAGUUGAUGACAGGUUUAUGACAUGUUCCUAUUAGAUUUGGGGAUGCAAGCUGAAGAGAUUGUCUCAGGAUGGUCUAAGAUGGUCACAGUACAAAUUUCCAGACAGUUGUUUCCAGCCACAGCAAGCUGUGGUACAACUGCAAGCCGACUGUGACUUGUACAGGCAGUAUCUCCUAGGCUUGACAUGCUAUGGUACAGUAUCAUGCAGCUGUAGCAAACUGUUGUUCAGGCAGUACCACUGAUCCAUAACAAGCCAUAGUUCAUGUGGUACCACCGAUCCAUAACAAGCCAUGGUUCAUACAGGACCACCCAUCAACAACAAGCCAUUGUAUGUGCAGUACCACCCAUCCAUGCCAUGGUUCAUGCAGUACCACCCAUCAAUAACAAGCCAUGGUUCAUACAGGACCACUCAUCUAUACUAAGCCAUUGCAUGUGCAGUACUACCCAUCUAUAUCAUGGUUCAUGCAGUAACACCCAUCAGUAACAAGCCAUGGUUCAUACAGGACCACCCAUCAGCAACAAGCCAUUGUAUGUGCAGUACCACCCAUCCAUGCAGUACCACCCAUCCAUGCCAUGGCUCAUGCAGUACCACCCAUCAAUAUUUCAUACAGGACCACUCAUCAAUAACAAGCCAUGGUAAAUGCAGUACUACCCAUCCAUAUCAUGGUUCAUGCAGUAACACCCAUCAGUAACAAGCCACGGUUCAUGCAAUACCACCCAUUCAUAACAAGGCAUGGGUCAUAACAUGAUACGAGCAGUAUGGCACAUUAUUAAC